AUGAAAAAGAAAUAAGUCAAAUCAAAAUCUUCAACUCCUAUUAAAUAACAUUCAGCUAUAGAUACUCCUAGAUUUAAGGAAAAGGCUUCUUAACUAUCUAUAAUACCUAAAUCUCCUAAAAUUUAAACAGACUCAGAUUAUUUCUCUUUUGGUGGAAUAGAACAUCAUAAGUAACAAUCAAAAUCAAACCAUGAAUUUAUUGACCAAGAAAAAUAACUCAAUAAUAGUUUCAUAAAAGAUAAAAAGGUUACAAACUCUAAAGCAUAGAAAGUUUAGAUUUUCAAUAACAACUACCAAAUAAUCAAUAUCAAUUAAAUAGAAAAGAAAGAAUCAAUUCGUUCUCUUUAAAGAUAAUUUCAAUAAAUAUUAGAGAAUCAACCAUAAAAAAAGUCUGUUACACCCAUUAAAUUGAAUUAAUCUAAUAGUCCUAUAUAAAUUAGCACAUCUAAAGCUUCUGCUUAUCCUUCAGCUAAUAAUUACUUUUAAAGAAUCAAAAAACCAGGUUAAUCUACUUUGUUAAAGAAAAAGUUUUGA